AGGCUUUGCGUGACAAAGGCAAAAGCCCAGUGUAAGAGGAAGGUUGUCUCGUGUGAGAGAAAAGAAGAGGAAGGGAGCUCCGAUUGUGCGAGCGUUGAAUUGACAAAUAUAUUAACACGAUCCGCGACGACUUGAGUCAAACGGAGACGUUUGAAUAUAAAUCGCAGAUAGUGAGUGAGAGAAAGAGGUUACAGCGAGUUAGUAAAGGAUACAGCGAGAGGAAGGAGACUUUGGUAGAGGAGUGAAACAGAACAGAGUAGAGAAUCGCGUGAUCUCGGGAACCGCUAAAUUCUCGAGCAAUACGCUCGCACAAUCCGAGAAGGAUACGAAGUGAAGGUGAAAACGAGAACAUUCAUCGAAAUUAAAAUCGUAUUGCACGAUUUUGAAGAAAUUGAAAAUAUAUAUAUAAAUAUACAUAUAUAUAUAUAUACAAACCUAUAUAUAAACAUCGUGUACUUGUAUCAUCAUUGAGUUAUAAUUUCCAAGAACAGAAACAACAUACUCAUCAGCGUUUCGUAAUCCAGUAAGAGAUCCCGCGUAUAAAGUGAAACAAAUCGAAAGAUAUUUCAAAAAACGAUACAAUUUGUAACAGUUUUUUGCGCGAGUGUUCGUGUAUAUCCGUGAGCUACUCGAUUUUGCUUUUUUUUUCUUUUCGUUUCUCAUCCCCUUUCCCUCAGGGGGUCUGAAAGUUUAAGCUUUUUCUUUUCGUUCUCAUCCAUACCGGAUGUGUGUGUGAGAGAGAGAGAGAGAGAGUGAGAGAAAGAGAAAAAGCGACGGGAUAAUCCAGCUUGUGACGAAGUAUUAGAGAGAAACAGCGCUACUCCGAUCGUGGGGGAUCUUCGAACGGUCGAAGUAGUGGGGAAAACGAGGAGGUUAGUUGCGUGCUUCGAGUCGUGAAAAAAAUAAAACACAAACAAGACGCGGACGGCCAUCUUGUCAUUCCAGCUGUGCUAAAAAAUACAUAAUAAAAAAAAAACUACGUGUGUACAUCCGAGUGGGGGAAAUAAAACCAUCAGCUCUGCUUCGUUUUUUACAUACACUACCUGGUUUCUUACGAUCUAAAAUAUUGCAAACACAUUUGCCAUAACAAAGGUGAAUAAACCGUGGAUUUGGGAAAACAGAUUUUUUUUUUCAAAUUUAUUUUCGUUCAAUAAAUAAAACACCGAGAAUCGAGGCUCCGACAACGGCAGUUAUCGCGAAAUCCAGUCGUAGAGAAAGUUGCGUUAAAAGAUUCGUUGUACUUGACGGUCGACGAAUGUGGCCAAAUUUUUAUUACGACAAACAACACAUUGGCUUUUCAACAACGUCACGUGAAAAAAUCAUAACGAUAUCGAGGUAGCAGCUUCGAAAUUGUGAUAAUCUUAACGAUUAUCCAAAGACCUUAUUUUACGUUACUCUACCUCUGCCGAACUCCAACCGUCUCGUUUAUCGAGGUUAUUGCGCAGUUAAACCCGUGACCACAACGCCAUUCUCCAUUUUACCGAAGAAACGCGCCACUCAAAACAAUUACGGUACUUUUGGAAAGUUAUCCGGUACAACACAAAGCCAGAAGACUCAUCACGAGUACCGAAGGGCAACAUCGUCGGUGUUGAGAGUUGGUUCGUCGAACCAUCAUCAUCAAUCGAUAUCCAGUCGAUUAGCUAGCCGAAAGAGAUUGGUCGCAAUGACGAAUUCAGCGCCGAAGAUGAGCGACAAGGUGGAGAGGCACGGUUCACCGAACAACAAUGGUGGUAAGAGACAAAACAAUAGAUCUGCGUCGAUAAGAACAACGACGUAUUUCUCGAGCAAUGUGAGUGCGGGUAGAAACAGCAACAAUAACAACAGCAACAACAACAACAACAACAACAACAACAACAAUUCAAACAAUAAUGCGAACCUGAGUACCAUCAUCAGCAACAACAGCAACAAUAAUUCGACGAGAAAUACAAAUGGACGUAUGAGCUGCAGUCCACCGUGCAACACGCGAAACACGCGGAAUUCACCCUCGAAAAGCAUGGACACGCAGAGUCCACGAGGAAGUCCAACGAGUAGCUUUUACGCAGGUGCAAAAUUUUCGGAACCACCCUCUCCAGCGAGUUUGCCGAAGCCACCGAGUCAUUGGACGACGAGAUUAAUGACGAGUUGCAAGCAGUCCGAGACAUGUUGCAACAUAUCGAAUCAUCUGAAGAUGAUACUCAAUGUGCAGGCUUGAUAAAAUCGUGCGAGAGACCUGAAUCGUCGUUUCGAUAGCGUCGAACGCCGAUCGAUGUGGAAUAUUAAGAAGGAGACAAGAAUAAGAAACGAACAGCGGAACAUGUCUGAUGAACGUUCAGAUUGGCAAAGUACUACCGCUCUAUCAGCGCAGAUCCUCACUGUUUCAAAGAAAGUCACGGAUUUCCUGAGGACUCGGUUUAAAACCAGGGCAUCGAG